AUGGACAAUGUUUGUUUUGUCCCAUGUGCUACAUGGAUCAAGAGAGGUAUAUGCAAACAAAAGCCAGACAAAGUUGAACUCACAAAGGAGGAUCUAGCACAAAUAAUUGAAGAAACACGAGGGAAGCUCAAGGAUGUGCAGAUGGAGCAGAACAUGGAUGAUGGUGAUGAAGAUGGUGAUGAGGAUGGAGGAAAUGAUGCUAAUGAAGAAGUCCAAGACACAGUCAAGACACAAGGUGGUGAUGUGUAUGACAUGGAACACUAUGAUGAUGAGGAAGAUGAAGGUGACCAAAAUGUUCUGGCUCUUGGACAGAUGGCAGAGUUUGCCAGCAAUACUGAUGACCCAUAUGUGACACAGGCAGAUGCUGAUGGAUCAGAUAGUGAAGCUGAAGACCUUGAGGUGAAGCCUGAUGAAAACCUCAUUGUAACAGGCCUAGUUGAUGGGGAUGCUAGCACACUUGUGUUUCAUGUUUUCAAUGAAGAUGAGGGUUCCAUGUAUGUUCAUCAUGACAUCCUGCUGUCAUCAUUUCCAAUCUGUGUAGAGUGGCUUAACUAUGAUCCAGAACAGGCAACCCCAGGCAACUUGGUGGCAGUGGGCUCCAUGUCACCAGUCAUUGAAGUCUGGGACGUGGAUGUCAUCAAUUGCUUUGAGCCAGCCUUUAAACUGGGGAAGAAGGGUAAAAAGAAGAGCAAACUGGGCCUGGGACACACUGACGCUGUGCUCAGCCUGGCCUGGAACCGACACGUGGGCCAUGUGAUGGCCAGUGGCUCUGCAGACCACUCGGUGCUGCUGUGGGACCUGGAGACCCGGAAGAAGGCCUCCGCGCUGCAGUGCAAGGAGAAGGUGCAGACGGUGAGCUGGCACCCAGCCGAGAUGGACCGGCUGCUGUCCGCCGACUGCGCCGGCGACCUGCGCGUCUGGGAGUGCCGCUCCGAGCAGAGCAAACGCUGGCGGCUCUCCGGCGAGGUGGAGUGCGCCGCCUGGGACCACUUUAGCCCGACCGGCGCGCUCGCCUGCACCGACGACGGCCAGCUGCACUACGUCGACACGCGCGCCGACAAGAAGCCGCUGUGGAGCGUGCAGGCGCACGAGGACUCGUGCUCGUGCCUGGCGCUGAGUCCCGAGGUGCCCGGCUGUCUGGUCACGGUGUCAGCCGAUAAGACGCUGAAGGUUUGGGACGUGUCGUCGGGCCGGCCGCCGGCGCCGGUCGUCUCGCGGCCGAUGAAGCUGGGCGCGCUGCACUGCGUCGCCUUCUGCCCCGACCUGCCGUGGAUGCUCUGCGUCGGCGGCGACAACAAGGAGAACUCGUUCCAGCUGUGGGACGUGCGUCAGAGCGCCGAGGUGCGCCAGCAGUUCGGCGGCCGGCCGCUGCGCCGCGUGCUACCCGAGCCCGACGAGGGCCUGCCGGCCGCCGACGGCCCCGGCGCGGUCACAGCGGCCAUGGAGACCGACUCGACCGUCGAACAGCUCAGCGGGAUGAGCCUGUCGGCCUCGGCCGGGCCCAGCGGCGCCGGGCCGCUCCGCACCGCCGCCGGAAAGAAGCUCAAGAAGCGCCACAAAGCCAGGGGCGCCGGCAAGUAGCCACGGCGGCGAGCGGGACGCGGGGUCCGGCGUCGAGUGCAGUGUCUGUUGGCUGACCUGGUGAUAAAUACAACUACUAUUGCGCCGUGUUA